AUGGCGCUGGCAGAGAAAUUACCAUCGUACCUGGUCAAAGAGAUACUUUGUCGAUUGACAACGAAAUCUCUUGCUCGAUUCAGAGCCGUAAGCAAGACAUGGAACGCGUUUUGGGGAGACAAGAGUUUCUUGGAAAAGUGCUUGGCUCGUACGCUACCUCAAUUCAUCGUAUGGACCAAUUACCAUAUUUGUUCAGUAGGCAUCGACGACGACGAUGAUGGCCCGAGACUUGAGCUACGUGAUAUAACUUUAGACAUUUCAAUACAAGCCAGCUUAGUUCAUUGUGAUGGGUUUCUGUUAUCUAGUAUUUGGAAGAAAGGUUUUGAGGUUUGGAACCCUUGCUUAAGAAGACGAAAGAGAUUUGUAGAGAAUCACGAGUUCAGGUUUUGUGGCCUAGGGUACGAUAAUAGUAGACCCGAAACAACAAGUUACAAGAUUUUUGGGUAUGAUUUUUAUUUCGAUACUAGUGGCCAACUCUACCAAAACGUUGCCAUCUACGAUUGCAAGUCUGAUGCGUUCAAGAUUAUUAGUAAUGCCCCUUGCGAACAAGAUUUGGGUGUGCCACAGUUAGAUACUAUCGUGUGUCUCAAUGGUAAUUUAUACUGGAUUGCUUAUCAUUCAGUGGCUCGUCAGUAUUUCAUCCGAAGUUUUGAUUUUUCCAAGGAGAUGUUCAAGACCUUUUGUCUUCUACCUCAUAGCCAACAACAACAGCAAGAAGACUUUGGCUAUACUCAAGUCCUUGCUGUAUUCAGGGGAGAUCGGUUUUCAGUGUUAAGGAGGCUGUGGCGUGGAUGCGUUUCAUGA